ACUGCCAGUAUUCCCAUCCAAGACAGCUUGUGAAGAGUGGGAACAUCAGCAUCCUGAUGUGCCUUCUGUAGUUCUCACACCCAUCGCAGGGAAGUUCUGCCACCGCCUCUCAUGUGCACGGUGCCUUCUGAGGCUAGUUCCUCUGUCACCUGAAGUUACCCAUCCAAGAAGCCAUCCCUGCUCUUCCCCCUGCCUUUUUCUGGGGCUGAUACCCUCGGACUGUGUUGUCCUGGUGCUCCAGCAGGAUCUUGGGCACUGCUUGUUACUGAGGAGCGGCACAUGCUGAAGGGCAACGCCACCAAGAGCUGAGGCAUUACCCCCCUUCGUGGUUAUGAAGAGCAGAGCUACCUCCCCUUUCUGACUUUUCUUUGGAAAGGUUUUGUCAGUACAAGAAAAUGCAGCUUAUUGCUCGUUGUGCCCGUGCUGCUAGAGACGAAGCAUUUGAAACAUGAGGCAUGUAGCUUGGAUUUGGAGUGGGUGUGCAUCUGGAUGUAAAUACUGGAGGGCCAGUCCUCUCCCAGUAAGAGGUAUUUUAAGUGGGACAGUACCAAGAGAUUUGCUUGGCUGAACUGGUCUCCCUCCCACUGCUGUGGGGGUUACACACAACAUCUCAGCCUAAUUGGAAGGACUGAACUUCAUGAGCCAGCUGAAAUAGUUGAACCAGUGCCUGUUUAACAGAGGAAGGAUGAGUAAUAUUGAGGCCAUCAAAUAGUUUUUUUUUGCUUUAUAGUUGUUUGAAACUGCUGGGAUUCUUCUGUCUGUAGUUGUGGAUGGUGUCCAUGUUUAGUAAUAACCCUUUGCUCUGAGUUACCCUGAGGAGUGUUGCUAAGCUGCGUGACAGAACAUCGCCGUUUUCUCAAGCCUUGUAGACAGCUGCUGCAUGAACUUUGUGAAAUCCCACAAAGUGUUUUUUCUCACGCUUGUGUGCAGGAAAACACUGGAUGUCCCUCUGCUUUGUUGAGGGGGUGUGGAUGAAGAGGUGGAGCAGUCGUAAGGGGGUUUGGACUCUGCUCACCUGGUGCCCAGCUCCUUGGCUUGCGUGGUGGCCACAGAAGGCUUUCUGUGUGCCGCUCACUGCCUCGUGGGGGUGACCACACACCUGUAACCCGCCGUGCUGAGCUGUCCUGCGCUGGCAGGGUUAACAGCUCAGUGCCCCUGGACUGCAGCUUCAGGGACAUGAAUUCCCUUGGAGGUCGCAAGGAAUUAACGAGGAAAUCCUUUCCUGAGGAAGUGCAGAGUGUCCUGGCAGAAAUGCUGUUACUUUCUGCCCCGCUGCUGCGUGGCCCUCACCGACAUGCAGGGAUUGCUGACUGCAUGCUCACCGCUCCUCUUCUGUAGGUGGAAAACAGAGCAGCUGCCCCAAGGCAGCGCAUGAAGCCCGAUUCCUUACUUUGUACUCUUCUUGGGGGUGGCUGGAUCCUUGGCAGCCAGCCUGGGACACUUCUCAGAGGCUGCUGCCUGCCCUCGUUAUCACUUUCCCUGGAGCCCUUGGACCUCUUGAGUCAUCUCUCAGGUUAUCUGCAGGCUGGGCAGUGGAGAAGGCUGGAGUGACUCCCCGGUGUGGGUUGCUGCUGUCCUCACAACAGUUCAGGUCAUUGUAAGGAAGUGGCCAGCCAGGAUUUCUGCCCUGUGGCUGCCUGACCGCUGCUGAGCCGCAUCUCCCAGCCCAUGUGGCUCUCCCCAUGCUCCAAGCGUGCAACUGGUGCCCAACGCAAUGUGUGUUUGUCAAACCAUGGAAGUGGGCAAGCAUGGCAAGAAUGCCACUCGAUCCGGAGACCGGGGGGUCCUGCUGGAGCCUUUCAUUCACCAGGUGGGCGGCCACAGCAGCAUGAUGCGCUACGAUGACCACACCGUCUGCAAGCCACUCAUUACCAGAGAGCAGCGCUUCUACGAGUCCCUGCCCCCCGAAAUGAAGGAGUUCACACCUGAGUACAAAGGUGUGGUGUCUGUCUGUUUUGAGGGAGACAGCGAUGGCUACAUCAACCUGGUAGCGUAUCCUUACGUGGAGAACGAGGCUUUGGAGCAGGAUGACAUGCCAGAGAGGGACCAGCCACGACGCAAGCACUCGCGUCGAAGUCUUCACAGAUCAAGCAGCGGCACUGAGCACAAGGAGGAAAAGCCUGGCCUGGCCAGUGACAGCACCGAAAGCAACAUCCAGGAGACAAAGAGCCCCAGGGUGGACAUGCACAUCCACUCAGAUGUUCCAUUUCAGAUGUUGGAUGGGAACAGUGGUCUGAGCUCUGAAAAGAUCAGCUAUAACCCCUGGAGCCUGCGCUGUCACAAGCAGCAGCUGAGCCGCAUGCGGUCAGAGUCCAAGGACCGAAAACUCUACAAGUUCCUCUUGCUGGAGAACGUGGUGCAUCACUUCAAGUUUCCCUGUGUGCUUGAUCUGAAGAUGGGGACCAGACAGCACGGAGACGAUGCCUCUGAGGAGAAGGCUGCUCGGCAGAUGAAGAAGUGUGAGCAGAGCACUUCUGCCACCUUGGGCGUGCGAGUGUGUGGCAUGCAGGUCUAUCAGCUGAACACAGGGCAUUACUUAUGCAGGAAUAAAUACUAUGGACGCGGUCUUUCCAUCGAGGGCUUCCGCAAUGCCAUCUACCACUAUCUCCACAACGGCGUAGAGCUGCGCAAGGACCUCUUUGAGCCUGUCCUCGCCAAACUCCGAAGCUUGAAAGCAGUUUUGGAGAGACAGGCCUCCUACCGCUUCUACUCCAGCUCCCUUCUCAUCAUUUACGAUGGGAAGGACAACAGGUCAGGGACGUUUGUGGAUAUCCGGCCCGAGGCGCGCCUGAAGCGAACGGACAGCUCCCUCCCCGAGAGCCUUCAGGACGGCGGCAGCACAGAGCCCGACUCGCCCCGGCCCAAGGUGGAUGUGCGUAUGAUUGACUUUGCGCAUAGCACCUUCAAAGGCUUCCGCGAUGACCCCACUGUGCACGAUGGGCCUGACAUGGGGUACGUGUUCGGGCUGGAAAGCCUCAUCAACAUCAUGGAACAGAUGCGUGAAGAGAACCAGUAG